AUUCACCUACUUCCUGUGUCUUUGAUUACUCUAUCUGGACUUCAUUGUGAAUGAAAUGUAAUGGGAGAAAAAAAUAGUGGAUUUGAUGUACUCUACCAUAACAUGAAACAUGGGCAGAUAUCGACAAAAGAACUAGCUGACUUUGUAAGAGAAAGAGCAACAAUAGAAGAGGCAUAUUCUAGGUCAAUGACAAAACUAGCAAAAUCUGCGAGCAAUUAUUCACAACUUGGAACAUUUGCACCAGUGUGGGAUGUGUUCAAAACGUCAACAGAGAAAUUAGCAAAUUGUCACUUGGAUCUUGUUAGAAAAUUACAGGAAUUAAUAAAGGAAGUUCAGAAGUAUGGAGAAGAGCAAGUAAAAUCUCAUAAAAAGACUAAAGAAGAAGUUUCAGGAACUCUGGAAGCUGUCCAGGCCAUUCAGAGUAUAACUCAGGCCCUCCAGAAGUCCAAGGAAAAUUACAAUGCCAAAUGUGUAGAACAGGAACGUCUGAAAAAAGAGGGAGCUACACAAAAAGAAAUAGAAAAGGCAGCCGUUAAAUCUAAGAAAGCUACAGAUACUUAUAAACUGUAUGUGGAAAAAUAUGCAUUAGCAAAAGCUGAUUUUGAACAGAAAAUGACAGAAACAGCUCAGAAAUUUCAAGAUAUUGAAGAAACUCAUCUCAUUCAUGUAAAGGAAAUUAUAGGAUCCUUGUCAAAUGCAGUGAAGGAAAUUCAUUUGCAGAUAGGCCAGGUACAUGAAGAAUUUAUAAAUAACAUGGCUAAUACUACAGUUGAAAGUUUGAUACAGAAAUUUGCUGAGUCAAAGGGCACUGGAAAGGAAAGACCUGGCCUUAUUGAAUUUGAAGAAUGUGACCCUGCUAGUGCAGUUGAAGGUAUAAAACCAAGGAAAAGGAAGACGUUCGCUUUACCAGGAAUAAUUAAAAAAGAAAAGGAUGCAGAAUCUGUGGAAUGCCCUGAUGCAGAUUCACUUAACAUUCCUGAUGUGGAUGAAGAAGGCUAUAGUAUUAAACCGGAAGCAAAUCAGAAUGAUACCAAAGAGAACCAUUUCUACUCAUCUAGUGAUUCUGACUCUGAAGAUGAAGAACCAAAGAAGAUUCGGAUAGAAAUCAAGCCUGUGAUUCCAAAUAACUCACAUUACACAAUGGCUUCUUUGGAUGAGUUAAAAGUAUCUAUAGGAAAUAUAACACUCUCUCCAGCAAUAUCUAGACACAGUCCAGUACAGAUGAAUCGAAAUUCCUCCAAUGAGGAGUUAACAAAAUCGAAGCCAUGUGCUCCACCCAAUGAAAAAGGGAGCAGUGACUUACUUGCUUGGGACCCCCUGUGUGGACCAGCUAUCGAUCCGUCAUCCUCAGCUUCCCUAGCUUCAUCAACAUCAGCCAGGCCCACAACUCCUCUUUCUGUAGGCACCAUUGUCCCACCUCCAAGGCCUGCUUCCAGACCAAAGCUUACUUCUGGCAAACUCAGUGGGAUUAAUGAAAUACCCAGACCAUUCAGCCCACCUGUGAGCUCCAGCACCAGCCCACCUCCAGUCGCCCCUUUAGCCCGGGCAGAAAGUUCCUCCUCUAUCUCAUCCUCUGCUUCCUUGAGUGCUGCCAAUACUCCAACAGUAGGUGUGUCACGAGGUCCCAGCCCUGUCAGCCUUGGAAAUCAGGACACGUUACCUGUGGCAAUUGCCCUUACAGAAUCCGUGAAUGCCUACUUUAAAGGAGCAGAUCCCAGCAAGUGUAUUGUGAAGAUCACUGGUGAUGUUACAAUAUCAUUUCCAAGUGGAAUUAUUAAAGUCUUCACUAGCAAUCCCUCCCCAGCUGUGCUGUGCUUCAGAGUGAAAAAUAUCAGUAGACUUGAGCAAAUUCUUCCAAAUGCACAACUUGUGUUCAGUGAUCCUUCACAGUGUGAUUCCAACACAAAAGAUUUUUGGAUGAACAUGCAAGCUAUUACUCUCUACCUCAAGAAGCUAUCUGAGCAAAAUCCAGCUGCCUCUUACUAUAAUGUAGAUGUAUUAAAGUAUCAGCCCCCAUAUAAAUUCUUUAUAUUUUUCCUUAUAGGUUCUGGAUCCCUCAGAGCAAAAUUUGAUCUUUCAGAAGGCCCCACUAAACCCACAACACUUGCAGUACAAUUCCUUAGUGAGGGAAGUACCCUCUCAGGAGUUGAUAUUGAACUUGUUGGCACUGGCUAUCGGCUUUCCUUAGUGAAGAAGCGAUUUGCCACUGGACGUUACUUGGCAGAUUGUUGAUCAACCUGGGAAAGUUGGUGGCUUGAAGAAGUACAAACCUGCCAUUCUGCAUUACCUAUACUUUCCAAACACUAGUCUAACUUGUAUGUUGUCUUUCAAAGCUUAAAUAUAUUUGAGAACUUACUACAGACAUUAAAUCGCACUUUUAAAGUGAGUCAUUGAAAGAAAUAGCACUGAAAUGAUUUUUAUACUGCAAAUGAUCAAAUGCAAUAUUCAGGAAGCAUAUCUUUAUAUUCUCAAUAAAAAUGUUUUCAUAGGCUGAAAUUUUAAAUUAUCUUCAAUGUCUAUAUUGAAGAAAGGUGGUAAUGGUAUAAUAUCAUGCCUAAAAUUUCAGGAAAGCAAGCACAAAAUUAUUUAGCUUUCCAUAAAUUUUUAGAGUCAAAUAGUUUUGAGAUUUCGUAAGUUUGUUAUUGAGUGGAUACAAACAGUGUGAAUUCUAAGUUUUAGAUAAUGUUAAACUCAAGAGUGCUCAAUCAGAUUGAGUUAUGUGCCAUAAGUUAAUCAGAACAGAGUCCACGUAGUAUGCAAAAAAUAUAUAAUUUGAUUCUGAUAAACAUAUUAGUGAAGUGUAAAUGGUGUUUUAUAUGAUUUUUUAAAAAAUUCUCAAGUGCAAUGUGUUUUAAAAUAAGCUUACAAAAGACAGCGGAGAAUUUACUUCUACAGUUAACUUUAUAGUUGUGAUUUUGUUUGAUUAAUGCUGUAGAUUUUAAUUUAUUUUUAUAUGGAUUGCAUAAUAUGUGCCUUUUAAAACAAUAACAAAAGCCAGAAAUGUGCCUGUCUCGUUUGUGUUCAUUAAUGUGCCUCACUUUUUUUCUCAUAGUUUGUAUCUUCUGUUCAGAAUCAUACAGUGGUCAAAUAGUUUUUGCAGGAUAUUUGUAAUUUUUGUGAAUACUUUUGGCCUGCAAUUGGGAAGGGAAUUAAAAAUAACUAAAAAAUAAUUUAUAUUUAAGAAUCAAGGCUCACUUCAUUAGUGAAACACUGUAGCCACUAAAAAGAGAAAUAAGCCAAAUGGAGUAUAGUAUGUUUACUGGCAAAAAAAAAA